UUGCAUCUUGGACCAUGCUUGAAUGGAGGUGACCUUAGUUAUUAUCAAAUAGUAACGUAAAGAAACUUGGCGAAAGCUCGGCCGCAGGUCCACCUCUACAGCCCGGUCCGGUUUAGGUGUUACACUCUUCUUGAGGAUUUCUGAAGCGAUGGCAGAGGCACACCAGGCACGCGUACAGGUUGUGGUCGAAGAAAUGGUCCAAAGCCUGGAGAAGGACCAUAUCCGGAAAAUGCAGGGUCGCAUGUUCAAGUGCAGUGCAGACUGCUGUGAUCGCCCCUCAGACUCCAUGUCUCAGGUGCAUCAGUGCAUCGAAAGGUGUCACACUCCUCUGGCCAAAGCUCAGGGGCUGGUCACUUCAGAGCUAGAGAAGUUUCAGGAUCGCCUGACCAGAUGCACGAUGCACUGCAACGAUAAGGCGAAGGAUCUUUUCGAGUCUGGCGCCAAGGAGACAGCUGUUCGAUCGCUGAUGGACCGCUGCGUGGGCAGCUGCGUCGACGACCACGUUAACCUGAUCCCAAGCAUGACCCGAAGAAUGAAAGAGAAUUUGGACUCUAUAGAGCAGUGAGCAGCUGCAUCACACAGGCAUACAGCACAGGGUUAGUCAUCUGAGGAAUAGAGGGGCUGGAGCACCGUAAAAGAUGAGGAGAGUGAAGUUUACCGACUGUGGCUCUCCUCUCCGUGGGAUCUGUCACUGAAGCUGAUAAAUACUGGUUCAUCUGUGAGGAAGUCCGUAACGCACCUGGCGCCAUGUCGUAGAACAAGAUGGGCGCUCAGAAAAGCUCUGAAGAGAUGACUUUCUAAAAAAAAACAAAACAAAAAGGUGCAUAAGUGUGAUGUAUGUAUUUCAAAAUCGACACGUCUCAUCCCUCCAUCUUUUUUUGUUCAGUGUGUUCUGUGGUUGUCUUACCUCCCGUGCUCAGAUGCGUUCAUAUAUCUGAAUUAAAAGGCUGAACACUG